CUGCAUGGCUCUGAAUUGGUUAAAUGCCUCAUCUUGAGGGGAUGAUGAAAUUCUGCCCCUAGCAACGGUCGCGUCUCUACGGCAACAUCCUCCGAUGCCGUCUCUCUGCUGAUGUUACCGUGACUUUCAUCUGUUGCCGGUGACAGAGGGGCGAAAAAACACCGUUUCACUCGGAUGAACUGAUGAUUCUGAAGGAUGGUGUGUUGUUAUGGGUGAAGUGCGAGCGCAGCAGGUGGUGUCUCGCGACUUGAGCGCCUAAAGUUGGAGUGGACACAGGGAAACUUGGAAACGAGGAUCCCUACGUCCUUCUCAUCAUCACCAUCAUCAUCAUCAUCAUCAACCGUGCGCCAUUCUGGGUCCUCUGCAGCGCCGUCCACAUCUGGAGCGGUUUUAUUUGCACCUGCCGGCUCUCAUCCAGCGGCGCGUGUGCCUGAAUGGAUCCCGCAGUGCUCAUCUUCCUGCUGUACAUGAUGAUCGCGCACGAGCUGGUCUGCGGCUGGAUGCAGUACCGGAGACAGAGCGCGAAGCCCCGCAAACCGGCUGCUGGACUUCUACUUGGCUCAAGAACCCGGGUGUGUCAGGCAGCUUGGAGGGAAAGCAGCCAGUCGGUCAGGAGGGACCCGAGGAAGAGUGGCCGCAUUGUGAGAAAAGCCUAAUGAAGACAGAAGACAUGUGCAUAUGGACACUUGUUGAAGAAUAGUGACUAUACAGGGUGGACCUGAUCCAGUUCACCUUGCCUUUCCUUUAAAUUGCACAAAAAGGAUCGCUGUGGAGUAACAAAGAAGUAAAAUGCUUGCUUGAAAUUUCAGCUGAUGGAAACACAGACAACUGGGUACUACACACAAACACUCUAAGAUUUAUGGAAGUAUUCAUCAGUAUUUACAUUUGUGUGAAACAGAAACAAAUGUCGCCCAGUUUAUGACACAUGGUUGUUUCUUGCUUGUUCUUCUUCUUGGCGGAUUGCAAACCAACUAUGUACAUACUGUCACCUACUGUAUCAGACUGUGUACAUAUGCCAGUAUGCUGGGGCACGGAAUGAUGUUGCUAAUGUGAAGGCAGACCUGCGAGAGGGAAUAGCCUAUCCUCCUCUGCACACCUUUUGCCACCACCAGCAAAAACUAAUGUACGAUGUGAGUCAAAGAUCCAAGGAGAACAUAUGAGGAGAGGAAUCAAGAAAACUUUUUACAGUAACUACAUUACAUAAAUAAAGCAGCAGAACACAGGCUCAAGGCUGAACAUUUAGUUUCCAUAAACAUGGCAGCAGUGUCACCCAGCUCUCACCUCAGCAAGGCCGUGCGCCAGCAGUACAUGAGCCUGCCCCAGGGAGAGACAUGCCAGGUCACCUACGUCUGGAUUGAUGGCACCGGAGAGGGACUUCGCAGUAAGACCCGAACCUUAUACAGUGAACCAAAAAGCAUAGAAGAUAUUCCUGAAUGGAACUUCGAUGGCUCAAGCACAUACCAGGCCGAAGGCUCCAACAGCGACAUGUACCUCAUUCCAGUCUGCAUGUUCAAGGAUCCAUUCACCCUCGACCCCAACAAACUGGUCUUCUGUGAGGUCCUCAAAUACAACCGCUUACCUGCAGAAACUAACCAUCGGUUAAGCUGCAGCAAAGUGAUGGAGGCCGUUAAAGAGCACUGUAUUUGGUUUGGCAUGGAGCAGGAGUACACACUUCUGGGAGUAGAUGGACAUCCUUUUGGCUGGCCUACAAAUGGAUAUCCAGCACCUCAAGGUCCUUACUACUGUGGGGUGGGGGCUAACAAUGCUUAUGGACGGGACAUUGUGGAGUGUCACUACAAGGCCUGCCUCUAUGCUGGAGUCAAAAUCUAUGGCACAAAUGCUGAAGUUAUGCCAUCUCAGUGGGAGUUCCAGGUGGGUCCCUGUGAGGGCAUUGAGAUGGGCGACCACCUGUGGGUUGCACGCUAUCUGUUGCACCGUGUGUGUGAAGAUUUUGGAGUUGUUGCGACACUGGACCCCAAACCAAUGGUGGGCAACUGGUGUGGUGCUGGUUGCCACACAAAUGUCAGCACCAAGGAGAUGAGGGAAAAGGGAGGACUGCAAUACAUUGAACAGGCCAUUGAGAAACUGAGCAAGAAACACGCCGAGCACAUCCGUGUUUAUGACCCACAUGGAGGCAAGGAUAACAUUAGACGUCUCACAGGUCUUCAUGAAACCUCCAGCAUCGAAGACUUCUCUGCUGGAGUGGCCAAUCGAGGCGCCAGCAUCCGCAUCCCUCGUCAGGUAGGCCAAGAAAAGAGGGGCUACUUCGAGGACCGUCGUCCUGCGGCGAACUGUGAUCCAUACACUGUGACAAGGUCCAUCGCAGCCACCUGUCUGCUGGACACAGACGAGGGAGAGAACAGCAAGUAGGGAAAAGAUAGAGCUUACUGUACUAGCUAUGUAGCAGUAUUAAAAAUUCACAUUUGUCGGAGCUGUACACUUGAAAACCUGACCAUGAAAAUGAAGAUGUUAAGACAUGCAGCUACUUCUCCAGUCUAUAGCUGUCUUUAGAGA